UUCACAAAAAGCUUGUCAGCUGGUAAAAACAAUCUGAUGUUCUACCUGUUUAUCCAGCUUGGCUCUUUAACAAAUUUACAAAUGGCAACCUAUAGUUAAUCGUCAGAUCUGCACUAGAUCUGAGUCCAGAUCCAGAUCUUGUUGUAAUCCAGUAUAGUAAAGAACUCCAGCUCCGGGUUUUCUGUGUACCUUUAUUGGCCUCAUCGCCUAUCGCUGAGCGUAGGAUGGACUAGUGGGAACUGAAACAUUAUGGCUGCCAGUCUUUCCUUGACUCAGCUUUCAAGUGGAAACCCUGUGUACGACAAGUACUAUCGACAGGUCGAUCCAUCUAGCAGUGGGAGAGUAGCAGCCACUGACGCAGCCUUGUUCUUGAAAAGGUCUGGACUUUCAGACCUGGUCCUUGGCAAGAUAUGGGACUUAUCAGAUUCGGAAUGCAAAGGCUUUCUGAACAAACAGCAAUUUUUUGUUGCACUACGAUUGGUGGCAUGUGCUCAGAAUGGACUUGAGGUUGCCCACAAAAGCCUCAGCGUGGCUGUGCCUUCGCCAGUGUUUCAUGACACAACCAGUCCUCUCCUCUCAGCAGGUGUACCCAUUGACAGUGCAUGGAUAGUCAAGUCAGAGGAAAAGGUGAAAUUCGAUGCCAUCUUCGACAGUCUCUCCCCGGUGGGUGGCAUGCUCACAGGAGACAAGGUCAAACCAGUGCUGCUGAACUCCAAGCUCCCUGUAGAUGUGCUUGGCAGGGUUUGGGAGCUUAGUGAUAUAGACAGAGAUGGAAUGCUGGAUAAAGAUGAGUUUGCAGUGGCAAUGUAUUUGGUGUAUAGAGCUCUUGAAAAUGAGCCUGUACCCAUGGUUCUUCUGCCUCCACUGGUUCCACCAUCGAAAAGGAAAAAAGUGACUUCGCCUCCUGUCAUGCCACUCCUCCCUUCACCACCAUCACUCAAAGAAAGGAGUUCGACUCACUCUGGUUCUCAAACUUUGCCAGCUAAACCCACACCUCCACAGUGGGUUGUGUCUCCUGGCGAUAAGGCUAAGUAUGAUGAGUUGUUUACAAAGACCGACGGUGAUCUGGACGGAUUGGUGUCUGGGCCGGAGGUGAGGGACAUCUUCCUAAAGACAGGACUGCCCUCUGCCACACUUGCUCGAAUAUGGGAGCUCUGUGACAUUGGAGACAUUGGAAAACUGACCAGAGAGCAGUUUGCGUUGGCUCUAUAUUUAAUCAAUCAGAAACUUUCCAGAGGCAUUGACCCACCCCAAACUCUCUCUCCAGAGAUGAUUCCUCCCUCUGAUAGGCUAUCACGGCAGAAUAAUGCCUUGUCAUGUCAGACUGCAGACUUCUCUGCCAUUAAAGAAUUGGAUUCCCUCAGUAAUGAGAUUAUGGACCUGCAGAGGGAGAAAAGCUCUGUGGAACAAGAAAUCAAGGAAAAGGAAGAAAGCGUUAGUCAGAGGACCAAUGAGGUGCAGGACCUGCAGGAUGAAGUGCAGAAAGAGAGUGAGGAGCUGCAGAAGCUACAGGCAGAGCGACAGGAGGUGCAGGAAGCACUGGAGAGACUGGAUGAGCAAAAGUUGUCCCUAGAGGAGCAGCUCAAGCUCAUACGCCAGCAGUGUAGUCAGGAGAACCAGCUGAUCCAGUCUCUGCAGGCUGAGCACUCUGAGCAGGAGCAGAGGAUAGGAGACUAUGAGGAGGAGUUGGUAAGGGCACGAGAGGAGCUGCUUUCUCUUCAGGAACAGAGCCGCACACUGGGGGAGAAAGUGCGCUCAGCCCGUGAUCAGCUCUGCCCUCUACAGGAUGCAGUAACAGAGUCUCACACACAGAUUGCACAGAUGCAGGAACGACUGGCUGAACUUAAGACAGAAGAAAGAGAGGUUGAAGCCCAGCUUUCUUGGAAGGUCUUAGUAGAGGAGCCACCGUUUGUCAAUGGCGCAGCACCCCCUACUGAACAGACAAAGCCACUACAGUGGCCACAGCCCACAGAACACUCUCCAAAGAAACCAGAUGAAGAUGAGGAGGAGGAGGAGGAGGAAGAGCUCACUCCCACGGAUGAGCCACAGGAACUGAAAGUGCUUGAGACAGAAUCAGCAGAACUGUCUUUCAGUCCUAAGGAGCUUAAAGUUGAUCCUGUGGAAGACCUCUUCACCAGCACGAUGUCCUCAGCCAGCACUCUUGGUGCAGCUUGGCCUCAGAAUGAAAUGGAAGGUUCGUUACCUGUUGGAGAAUGGGGGCUAAAGGAAAUGGAAAUAAAACAGCAGGGCAGCACCUUAAAGGUGGAGUCUCCAGUUCCUGAGCAAAAGGAGGAGUCAUCCCAACCCAUAAGUGCUCUUGGUGACAGUUCAGCAUCCGUCCCUGCCGUCGACUUCUUUCCAUCUGAUCCCUUCAGUGACAGUGACCCUUUCAAAAGCGAUGACCCCUUUGCAAAAGACAUUUCAGAUCCAUUUGGUGGUGAUCCUUUCAAAGGCACAGACCCAUUUGCCACAGACUCUUUCUUCAAGCAGUCUUCCUCAACCACAUUCUCCUCAGAAGAUCCAUUUGCUUCUUCUGACCCAUUCAGCUCAAACACAGGCUCUGCAGAACCAGACCUGUUCUCCUUCCAGAUCAACAACACGGCUGCAUCUGAUCCGUUCUCUAAAUCAAACACAGUGCCAGCGGAUCCAUUUAGUUCUAGCAGUGGUAGCACACCAUUCACUUCCAAACUUAAUGAACUUGAUGACUCUGAUCCCUUCAGCUCAUCAGCUGGGGCAGGGAAUGACCCGUUCGUUGGGUCAGAGCUGUCAUCAAAGGAAACACCAGCAGAUGCUAAUGACCCAUUUGCUCCUGGAGGAACAGUGGUGAAGGCUGACUCAGAUGCUGAUCCCUUUGCCACAGUAUUUGGUACUGAGUCCUUUGUAGGAGGUUUUGCAGAUUUUAGAACUUUGGAAAAGUCUGAUGGCGCUGACCACUUUGCCUCAAUUGCACUUAGUAAGAAUCUAUUUAAGGAAGAUAACCAGUUAGAUGUGCCUCCUGCAUUACCACCCAAAACUGGCACUCCAACCAGACCACCCCCUCCUCCACCAGGUAAGCGGUCGAACAUCUACCGGUCAGAAUCAUCAGACUCAGUUCAGAGGCGUGGAAUUGGGGAGUUUUCCUCCCUUCCUGCUAAAGACACUGUGCCAGACCCUUUUGCUCCCUCUUCCCCCUCCCAAGUCCCACGCGAGCCUGACCGAUUUGCCACCUUUGACAAAUACCCCACAGAAGAGGACAUGAUAGAAUGGGCAAAGAGGGAGAGUGAGCGAGAGGAGAGGGAGCGUGUGGCCCGACUCACCCAGCAGGAGCAGGAGGAUCUGGAGCUGGCUAUCGCACUCAGCAAAUCGGAACUUUCUUGACCAGAACCAGCCCUGAACCUCACUGCCGAGGAAGAAGAGGAAAGGAUGAAAAGCUAAACUUACGGGUGCUGGGAUUUCACAAUCCCACUAGUUUUAGUAUAGUCCAAAAAUCCCUCCCCAUCCCAGUUUUAUGUGUCAGUAUAUCAUCUCCAUGUUGCCAGUGACUCUCCUGAAACCUGUGGUUUUUGGGGAAGAAGUGGUAUAAAGGUGAAGGACUAAAACACAACCCUUGGUAUGCUACUUUGUUGCGAUGUGUUUCCUUGUGUUAAAAAAAAAAUCAAAGAUUUAUAUAAAUUGAUAUUUCUAACUCAAAUGUGUGCCACUAUGAAGUGUCACUGGCAUAUUAACACACUUUCUCCAAUUGCUAUCGUUCAUGUCAUUGAAGUGGAUUGUCAGUUGAUUUAAGUGCAAAUGUAUAGGGACAAUUUAACAGGUUUGACAUUAAAAAACUCAGCCCUUUUAAAACUGCUGGGUUUAAUUUGGGUGAUGUGUUAAUUACAGAAUAGUUUGAGGUUGUAUUUAGGAGCGCUGGUGGAAGAAAUUGUCAGUGAAAGUGCACUGUUCAUAAAUAGAAAAUUAGUGGUAAUAUGUUUAUAGAAGUGCAAAUAGAUAUCUUUCAUAACAACACAAAACAAUUGAAAUGAUGUAAUAGAAUGUCAGGAGUUGUCAGUCAGUACACACUAUUUGGGUAUACAAUAUGCCCUGAACUUAAACUAGUUUACAGAAGGCAGGUUGGGAUCCAACACAUUUUAAACAGGGAAAUCAUUAAAGACUCCUGUAUAAAUGUUUGUCCUGGACUGCUUUUGUGUAUACAAUUGACUGUUGAAGCCAGGGCACUUCACUGACUAUAUAGGAUUCUGUUUAGAAGAACACUCACUCAAACCCCUGAUUAAAAUUAUUUUUAAGACUCUCAAAGUAAAAAGUUCUUUGUGGGAGAAGUUUUUCUCAUAUGACAUUCACAACCCAAUUAGAAUGUCUUCAGGUCGUCUUCAGGUUUCCAAAUGAUCUAACAGUCCAUUAGUCCUCCUUACAUAUGAGAAUUUGAAAAUAUACAGUAUAUAAAUAUCCAUUUAUAAGCGUGUAUGAUUCACAAAGCAUAUCCUUCAUACAUAAUAUUAGCAAAAGUAUCUUAUAUCUUGGUGAGAAAAGAUGACACUACUGUCUGAGGCAGUAGGGCAUUCAAGAAAUAAUGAAUAUAUAAAAACAGACAGUAAAUGGUUUCCAAUCUCUAAAACCAAGGAAAACCGAUUUGUGUUGAAAUGCCUCCUACAUUUUUUUUAACUUCUCUAUUUUCUAACCACAAUACUCUUAAGUUGCUGAAGGCUAAAAGAAGGAAUGAUUGUGCAAUAUGUCUAAGACUGUCAAAUUAAGGAGAGUUUUUCUUUUGAUGUCAGUGUGGCAAUGAAUAGAUUAAAAAAAAACACUAAACCAAAAAAAAAAAUUAUAAAUAAAUAUUGACCCUAUACAAUCUAAGUGUUGUAGGAAUUAUGAAUGUCUUGUACCAUUUCAGUCACGUCUGAGUAGGUUACUGUUAUCAGAACACAGUGAACUUCUGUAGCACUGGUUUGCAUUUUAAACCAUCCUCUGCGUCUGUCCUUUAGGUUUGACCCCAAUGCAAUUGUCUACAUUCUAAAGUCUUAAGUGACCAGAAGAACAAUAGAUGCACUUUGUCAUUCAUUCUCUACAUAUGAAAGCAUUGCACACUGUAAUUUGUAUCAGAUAAAAGCCCUUGUUUUUUUUUUUGUUUGUUUGUUUGUUUUUUUGUUUUUUUUUUUGGACAUUUCAAAUGUCACAUGUUGGAUAUCAAGAAUGUCCCUAUGAUUCAUAUAUUUCCAUUGGUGAGGAUCUGUCUCUGUCUGUCUAUUAGAAAAGGAAUAAGAAGGUAUUUUUAAUAAAGCACAAGUUACCCUGACACAGUUUUCUGCCCAAUAGCAGAUGUUUUCAUGAGCAUUAUGAACACUGCAUUAUACCCUUCAAACCAGAUUUAAGUAUUGCAUAUUGCUUUAGACAUAUUGCUGUUUUGCAUGUUUUAAGGAAAGAUUUGGCUUUCUAAUUGUAACUGCUUCUCUAAGUUCUGUCAAAGUUAUCUGUGCUUUUGCUCAUUAUGUAUGUAUGUAUGUAUGUAUGUAUGUAUGUAUGUAUGUAUGUAUGUAUGUAUGUAUGUAUAGGCCUUUAACUCUUCUUAUCCUAAACCACUCGUGUAUUGGUGUACUACAGACUUUUUAAAAUUGGCUUAAUGUAUUUUAUUUUUUUAACUUUACAGAACGUGUCCCUUUUAAUAAGGACAGAUGUUUAAACAUGUUAAAUAACAUGUAAUUAACGCUAAAGAAUAAAUAUGAACCUUUCAAAA